AUGGCUUUCGAGAAAGUCCGCCAAUAUCUGAAUGUGCAGUAUCAACCAGGGGAGAAGAAGCUCGUUUCCAAGAUUGACUUCUUCAUCUUGACGUUUUGUUGCUUGAGCUACCUGGUCAACUACCUUGACCGUACCAAUCUGAACAAUGCAUACGUUUCCGGUAUGAAGGAGGAGCUGGGCUUCGUGGGGAACCAGCUCAACGAGAUCAAUACAUGCUUCACAGUCGGCUACGUUAUCGGACAAAUCCCAUCCAACCUGUCCCUGCACUACGUCAAACCGCGCAUCUGGUUUCCCCUCAUGAUGAUCAUCUGGGGUGGCCUGACAAUGUGCACCGCUAGCGUGCACAGCCCGCAAUCCAUCAUGGCCAUCCGCUUCUUCCAAGGCAUAGCAGAGGCCUCGACUUUUGUCGGAACGCACUACAUCCUAGGCGCGUGGUACACGGAGCGCGAGCUCGGCAAGCGCAGCGGCAUCUUCACGGCCUCCGGCCUCGCGGGCACCUUCUUCGGCGGCUUCAUUCAGACGGGCAUCCACAGCAGCAUGAACGGUCUGCACGGCCUCUCCGGCUGGCGCUGGCUCUUCAUCAUUGACGGACUGAUGACUGUACCCGUCGCGAUCUACGGUUUCGUGUGCUUCCCCGAUACGCCGCACACGACAACGGCCUUCUAUUUCACGGAAGAGGAAAAGGUCCUGGCGCGGUCCCGCGUGCCCGAGAUCCAGGAGCGUUCGCCGCUGACGUUCCGUUUCGCUAAGAAAGUGCUCACGUCGUGGUACUGGUGGGGUUUCGUCAUGCUUUGGAUCAUUGCCGGUGAAACAGAGUCCUUUAGCACGAAUUCCCUGUUGGGUCUGUACAUGAAGAGCCACCCGACGCACAAGUACACUGUCACACAGCUCAACAACUAUCCCACCGGCGUACCCGCCGUCGGCAUCGUCUCGACGCUCUUCUGGGCGACUUUGACGGAUUUCCUAGGCGGGAAGCGGUAUCUCGUCGCGUACUUCAUCGGCAUCACUGGUGUGGCGACGUCUGCGAUGGUACUGGUUGCAGCCAGGGACCCGACGAGCGCGGCGUCGACAUCGGUCGUGUUUGGCGCGUACUACUGGGCUGGUGCUGUGUAUGCUUGCCAGGCAACGUUCUUCGCAUGGUGCAAUGAUGCGAUGAGGUACGAGGAGGGCAUCUUCCGCGGCGUCGUUCUCGCGGGUAUGAAUCUGGGCAGUAACGCCGUCAACGCGUGGUGGAGCAUCAUCUUCUACGGCGCUUCAAUGGCACCAUGGUUUACCAGGGGCAUGUGGGCCAUGAUCGCCAGCUCGAUUGCCUUGAUUGUCUGGACUAGUGGGCUCACCCUGCUCACGCAUAGGGAAGAAAAGCGGCGUGUGCUCAAUGCUGAGGCGGGGGAGACUGGAUCCAUCACCAAGGGACCUAUUGCGAAGGAUGACGAUGAGCAAGUCUGA